AUGCAUAUUAGCUCUCUAUUUUUCUUUCUACAUUGUGUCUCCAGCUGGUUUCUGGCAGACGCUGUGUCUGUCGAGUUCCAGCCCUGUUGGUUCAGAGGGGGCCAGAUCAGCGUGAUUGUCCAUGGUAUCGAUUGCGAUUACUCGCUACUCGAAUAUGCCGGCUACGACUGCUCCCGUCCGGUUUGCAGGGCGCCAGCAUUCCAAUGCAUUGGGAACGGAGAUGCUUUCCAUUGGGCAAGACUUCGACUCGAGUUCAGCGAUGCAUGUGUCAACCUCGGACGUGCAAAGUAUGAUACCAAGCUGUUCAGCGCUGAUGAUUAUGAUAUUCAGAGCCAGGUCGCAGAUCGUCAUGAGGACCAUAGGAAAAUGACUCUCUACCGCGAUUCUUUAACUAUCCAGACCUUGCCUCUUUUGAUUGGACACGACGCGAGAAACUUCUCAGCGAUACCCCAAGCCUGCAUGAACGUCAGGAAUGCAAGGUAUCAGUCCAGGAGAUACUCUAGCAAGAUUGCCGAGCAUCACGAUCGGUGCUUGUUCUCGGUCCAGGGGAUAUACAACCGUGGAUAUGAUGCGGCGUUGAGGGUUUGGUUUGGCUAG